GAGAUUAAGCGAGACUUCCUAUUAGGCAUGGCUGCUUUCGUGAAAAUGUAAACAAGUGACAACCGUCGCAUUAUCUACAUAAAGUAAAGCAACAUUUUUGUGGCACAUUCAAUACUUCAAAAUGGACAGUGCAGAAGAAACCCAGACCUUCUUGACGCUUGAAACCUCUUCCUCACAGGAUAGGAUGCAACUGCAACAGCCAUCAUCACCUGAGUCUUUGCCAAGCCAUGCAACUUUAUCACCACCACAAUCACCUUUAACACUUUCUUCACCAGAACCAGGCCCCCUCUCACCAUCAGCACCACCGUCUACUGUGUAUGCAUGGAAGGGAUUCAGCGGAGACAUUAGUCUUCAUGCUUAUAGCAUUCUUGCUCCAUAUGAAAUUCGAAGCAUCUCAGCAGGUGGUGGACAUGUUCUAUUCCUGACUAAAGAAGGGCUUGUGUUUGGACGGGGUCACAAUGCUCAUGGUCAACUAGGACUUGGCAAAGAAUAUCUGGGCAUUGCUCAAGCUGAACCCAGAAUGGUCAUCAACUUGAAAGAACACACUGUUGUAGCAGUAUCGGCUGGUCGCAGUCACAGUGCUGCAGUUUGUUCCACAGGCAAAGUCUUCUGUUGGGGGGACUCUGCAGAUGGUCAGUGUGGCACAGGAUCACUAGACAAAGUUUUGACUCCUACAGAGGUAAAAGUCACAAUCCAAGAUGGCUUUUGUGAGCAUGGAGUUCCAAAACCAGAGUUACCAGUGGCAAUAGAAAACGUGGCAUGUGGUGCUACACACACAUUGGCACUGUCUGUAGAAGAUGAAGUUUGGGCUUGGGGAUGUGGUGAGCAGUUGGGACUUGAAGAUCUGCAUCAUGCCCCAGUGCCACGAAGGAUCGAAUCUUUGAUUGGUCGCCGGGUGUUGAUGGUCGCAAGCGGAGAUAGUCACAGCAUGGCACUGGUUCAGAAAGUUGAGCGUACCCACCGCACCCUACCUUCUCCCAGUCGUCACAAAAAGGUCUCCAAAGAGGCAGUUGUCACCCAAAAAUACUAUCCCUCCCUCUGCAGCAGAUGUAACAAGGAGAUCUACACCUAUACAGAUACAAAUGACACCUGCAUCAUUGAUGAUGUGCAUGAAUGUCAGGUGGAAGAUAGUGGAAUCAGUUCAGAAUCUUGUGCCUUGGGUGCAGAUGAUGAGUCUUGCACCUUUGGCUCUCAGAUGUCAUCAGAGAAGUCGGUGCCUAGUUCUCUCACAACCAGUGAGGAUACAGGGAGAAACAGUCAGAGUUCAGAGGCAGAACCAAAGGAGGCCAGGGAUUCAGAAGAUGCAGGUGAGCACCAAGAACAACUGGAUGAAGGCUUUGGUGAUGCAACUUUAGUUAAACUUCAGUGCCCUGCUGGAAAAGAACUUGCAGACAACAAUUCAGCAGAUCUGAGUAUGUCGCACACUAAAGCUGGCAGCACUGAUGAUGUGUUUGAAAAGUCUUCAGAAGAGGGCGUUUGUCAGUCAACCCAGACAGGAAUACACAAAAACAGUGUGGCUGAGGUGUUUUCUGUGACAUGUACUGAGUCUGAGGGAGAAGUGUGGAAACAACAGUCUGCUUCACAAGAAAGAGUUACACAGUUUGAAGAGAAAGUUACUUCCCUGGAUGGUGCUGGAAGCCCUCCUUGUGACACCAGCACGCAGCAGGACUCCAUCUUCAGGAAGUGUGGUUUCCUAUCAAAGCUAAAAAAUUUCAUUGAUGAACAACAUGCUAGGCAAUACUUGUCCAGACAGCUUAAUGAUGAGGCCGUUAGCAGCGGUGAAAACCUCCCAACAUUGCCAGUUGAAGAGGAUAAAGCUACAUUGCAACCACAGACACAAGAAACUUCUCUUUCAUCUUGGAAGAGUUUUCUGCCUUACUCAACAUCAAUGUUUGAGACAGUCAAAACGAUUACCUCCAAAGCCCUAGACAAUAUUCAGAACACCAUGGAUUCUUUGGUUGGACAGCAGAACGUAGAACUGAAUGACAUGUCAGAAAGUAAACAGAAGACCAGCCAGGAUAUUGGCACAGCAGCAGGAGCAGAUUUAGGUGCACACACAUCAGCUGCAUUAAUGACAGACAGCAGCAGCAGCAUGGAGUUUGGGCCUGAGGUCAGCUAUAGCUCACACCUGCAUGACAGUGAUCGAUCCAGCAUCUCACCUCCUACUGUGCCUGCUACAGUGCCAGCAGAGGACUUUCAAGAAGGGAGGCAAUCACUUCGAACCAUUGAGAUGAAGCAGCAGAAUUUGCAAAGAAAGACAUCCACACCUAGUGCCAGUAAAGAAUCAGAAACUGCAUCAGAAACACCUGUCAAUAAUAUCAUCUUUGACACAGAAGUGUGGGUGUGGGGAGAUAAUCGUAAAGGACAGCUUGGCUUGGGUGAUACACUGAACAGAUCAAAGCCAGUAUGUAUCAAAGUGCUGAGCAGCAAGUGCAUUAUGAAGAUAGCUGCAGGUGCAAAUCAUAGUCUGGCUCUCACAUGUAACUCUCAGGUAUACACUUGGGGAGCAAACAACUACAACCAGCUGGGACACGGUGAUCAGGGGAUUUCACCAACACGAAUAAAGUUUAUGAAAGGCUGUUGUGUGUGGGAUGUGGCAGCAGGCACAAACCAUUCCAUUUUCCUGGCAGAUGCUGGGAGUAUAAAACCUGCUGUUUUCUACUCUGGAAAACAACCAGCGAAGGAUGUAAUCAGCACCUUGCAUAAAGCAUCGAUUCCAAUCUCAGUGAAUGACUUAAAAAAGUUGGGUUGGAUUCGUCAAGUGGCAUCAGGCGGAGACAAUUGCUACUGUCUGUUAGAGUCUUCAGAGGCAUCGACUGGCAGUGCUGUGUAUGAACUGGCAUCAUCUGAAAGAGUAUUUUAUCAGGAGAUGGUCAAAAUCAACAUAGUAUUACUGAAGCCACUGUCCAAAUCAUCUUUUUACAACGUGAUGGAUGUAUUCCCAUUUAAGUCAGCAUUACACAAUCUUGUGGCAUCCUUCAUUGCUCUCACGAAGAAGGUUGGAGAAGGCAUAGUCGACUUGACAGAAGUGGUGCGGGAGAAUGAAGACUUGAUGACAGCCAAUUUCUUUCGCUUCUCUUCUCAGUUUGUUGAGGAGUUUAGGCGUUACUCUACCUUCUUUGCAGAUUUUCUUUCUAUUGGUGGUUUUGAGUACUGUGCACGUAUUGGGAGUGAGUUUUUUGACAAAUAUGAGAUUCGAGACCUGCCACUCCAGGGAGGGGAAGAUAAAACAGAUAAGGGAGACAAAGCAUCGUCACGCUUCAGAUCCAGCAUGCAGUAUCCAUUUUUUAGGCUCAAGGAUUACAGUCGACUUUUACAAAAAAUUGCUGACAACUUUGAGGUGAAUUCAAAUGGUAGCAACCUGCUGCAAAAGGCAGUACUGGAAUGGGACAGCCUAAAGCUGACAGUGACUGCUGAGCACAAACUAGCAGAUAACACUCGAGCAUUCUGGGAAGGAGCAAGUCCACGUCUUGCAGAUGCUCUCAGGAUCCCUAGCAGACGAAUGUUGAGGGACAGCAAGUCACAUCCUUUGCUUAUGAUCACAGCUGGACGUUUCUCUUCCCACAUCUUUAUCCUCUUUAAUGACAUGUUUGUACACCUGCAGUCAAAUAGCCAUUCAAUUUUCCCUCUGGAAACCACAUGGGUAGAAACACCAGUGACAGAUUCUGAUCAGCACCACUCAAUAGUCAUUAUGUCUCCAGAAGACAGACUAGAACUUACUGCAUCUUCAUCUGCAGAAAAAGCAGAGUGGGUGAUGGCUCUUCAUUCAGCCAUCAAUAAGGUCCUGAGGAGCCAGAAAGAUGUUGGCCGCCGUGGCAGCACUGAACGCUUAACACCUCCUCUUGUGCGACAUGCAACACAUACUUUCAUGAAACACCCUCGGUGGAAAGAUGGUGUAUAUGUGGGCACUUUCCUCAGUGGUAAACUUCAUGGCCAGGGUGAGAUUAAAUGGUUGGACGGCAGGAGGUACACAGGAAAAUUCAAACAAGGUCUUCAGAAUGGACAUGGUGUCUUUGUUAUUCCACGAGGCGCAACCAGCAAAGAAAGUCAGGAGGGAAACUGGAAGGAUGGGAAACUCAAUGGACCAGGACAUAUCAGGUAUGCCAAUGGUGAUGAAUACAAAGGCCACUUCAAAGAUGGUGAGCGUUUUGGACAUGGAGUGCUGAAGCAGGGCCGUCAUUUGUCUUCUUCUGCCAGCAUUUAUGUUGGAGAGUGGCUGGAUGAUCGUCGGCAUGGAUAUGGAGUCCAGGAUGAUAUUUUAAAAGGGGAGAAAUACAUGGGUCAGUGGGUGGAAGAUCAUCGCCAUGGUAGUGGCAUCAUUGUGACCUUGGAUGGAAUGUACUUUGAAGGCAACUUUUACAUCGACAAGUUGAUGGGUUUUGGCCUGAUGCUUACUGAUGACAACAGCUGUUAUGAGGGAGAGUUCCAAGACAUAACACAAUUAGCUGGAAAAGGUACCCUAACACUGCCUACCGGAGACAAGCUUGAUGGGACAUUCAAUGGUUCUUGGAAUGAGGGUCUCAAAGUCAAUGGCACUUUUAUUAAGUGCACCAGUACCACUCCUGAGCGGCGCUCACAGUUUUCUCAAGGUAUCAAGUCGAGAUACUAUGGACAACUUUCAGUUAAGGCAGAUCAGAAAUGGGAAGAUAUUUUUCGGCACUGUUACGCAACUCUUGGCCAUGACAUAGAUGGGCGAACAAACACAGCUAAAGCAUGGGAGGUCGUGGCUGUUGCUUUGUCAAGUGGCAAGAAACAGCUUAAAGAGAUGCAACAAAAGUCAACAACAAAAUCAAAGAUACAGGUAGCAGGACUGGAACAGCUGGAGACCAUUCCACACCAGGGUGGAGGUAUCCUGACCACAGAGUCUUUCUUAGCAAUCAGCAACUAUCUUAGAAGGGCUUUUGACACAACCUACCACCCACUGGGUCAGCUAAUGGAGAACCUGGUGGAUGUGUUUCGAGCUGCUUAUGUAGGUGUUGGAGCUCACCCAAGAUUGUUACAGCCUGCAGUCAAUGAAGUGAGGUCAUAUAUCCGCCGCAUAUACCGAGUGGUCAGGAUCCUCUUCCCAGAACUACCUGUGAGUGGAGCUCCCCUACACAUUUACCCCAAAGAUUUUAAACAUGCACCUAUUUCCACCAGUACAGAGGAGGUCAAUGAGUUUCUCCAGCAACACAGUGAGCAAGACUUCAUUGGAGAGAUUGUGACUGCUUCUGGACUGCUCUACCCAAUCCUGCUGCCCAAAAUCUACCCAUCUUUGUUUGAUCUCUAUGCCCUUUACAAUGAUAAGGAUGAUGAAAGAUACUGGGAGCGUAUCACCAGGCUUAAUCGUCAGGGUGAUAUGGCCCUGAUGGCAUACUUAGGGAUUGACCAAAAGUUCUGGUUGAUGGAUGAUAUUCUCCUUGAAGACAAAAGUCAGAAGCUGUCCAGUACAAAAGAUGUGUGUUAUGCCUCUGCAGUCGAUGCUCUUCAACAGCUUAGCACUGCAUUCAGUCCCUUGGAGAAACUGCUGGUGAUUGAGAAGACCUUUAAUGAAAUUACUCAGACAGUCCAAGCUACCAUGAGCAACCAAAUCGUAUGGUGCAUGGAUGACCUGUUCCCCAUUUUCCAGUUUGUGGUGGUAAGAGCCAAAAUUCACCAUCUGGGAGCAGAAAUAAAUAUGGUCGAUGACCUGAUGGAGCUGCACAUGGAACAUGGGGAGUUAGGCAUAAUGUUCACAACACUCAAGGCAUGCUACUUCCAGAUCCAGAAUGAGAAAAUGCCUCAGCAUUAAUGAAGAACUCUAUACAUGCCAGAAGUCCAGACCUCAGCCAUAUAAUAUUGUGUGCGUGUGUGAGAGAGAGCAAGAGAGGUGGGCAGGAGGAGAAAGAAAGAUUAUGUGUAAGUCAAAGUAGAAAACCAGACAUUUAUGGAAAAGUUUAGAAGUGUUAGACAUUCCCAGAAAGGAUAUUUUUUCUGUUUUAUUUCAAAAUAGCUUAGACUUUCAGUGUCUUGUUAAAAGUAUUUGCAAGUGAGUCUAGAUAGAUUCAUAUUGUCUAUAAGCAUUUUGCUUUAGGAAAAAUGAGUAAAGGGCUUGAUUGACCUUCAUGAAUUGACCAUAUUCAUUAGAAAAACUCAGUCUUAAAUAAAUGAUCAUGCAUACCUUUAGACAUAUGCAGGCUCAUGGUGGUGAAUGUGCAUUUGUGUUUGUACACACUGAUCAUUCAAUGCCUGUUUGUGUUUUGGUUAUUGAUUCCUGUUUGUAUGACUUGUAAAUGGUGUAGUAAUAAGAGUAAAACACUAUUGUUUUUUUAUUUGUUCAUUUGUUUGUGUGACUUUGAUCUCAGUAAUUCCUUAUUGUGUUUUGGAGAUACUGAUCAGUUUUCAGUAUCUUAUCACUUCUUUGAUCUACAUUAAUUAAAAACACCUUAUGGUAACAUAAAAUUUUCAAAAAUAGUUUCCAGAUGUUUUUCUGAACAGCUUUUUUAAAGUACUAGACCAGACUUUUCUAUGGAAGUCUAGGACUUAAAGAUUACAAGGAGUGUAUGGUUUUCUGCUUUGACUAUGACAUGCAAAGCCAACAGUUGUGAAACAUUUAGGCAUAAUGCCAUUGUGAUCAUGAAUAUUCCUAUACAAAGCAGAAAAUAUUUUCAAGGUGAUGGGCUGAAUUCUUGCAGUGGACAAUUUUUCUCUGUUGUACAAAAAAUGUUUGGAAAUGAGUGCUUUUGGAUGUAUGGUAAAAUUGGCAUUCUAAUUAGUGUAUUUCAAAAGCUUGCAAAAACAGCAAGCCAGAUUGCUAGCAUGACAAAAGUUGUCCUUCCCUGUAUUCUCUUCUGCCCCAUGAUGUUUGUGACAAUUAUAAAUAUGUUAAAGGCUAAAUCAUUUUUUAAUGUCUUAAAUUCCUGUCUGUAUACAAGCUUACAUAGAUCAUGAAAUUGUGUUUUAAAUGUAAAUAUUUAUCAGAACAGCUUACAUAAAUCAUGAAAUUGUGUUUUAAAUGUAAAUAUUUGUCUGAACAGCUUACAUAAAACAUGAAAUUGUGUUUUAAAUGUAAACAUUUGUCAGUUUGACAAACAAAAGUCAUUUUUUCAACGUCAUAAUCACUGUUGUUAGUUAAUCCUUUUGUCCUCAUACUUUUAUGACACUGUUUUUUGGGGCAUUGCAAUGAAACUUUUCCUCCCACAAAGCAGUGACAACCUACAUGAUUAUGUCCAUCAAAGUUGAAAUAUUUCAUAUUUGGAUAAGUAAACGAGAUAUUAGUUUAUGUUAAAUAUGCUUAGUCUGCUUUCUCCUGUAAAGAAUGUUGCAAAAUACAGUCUGUGAUAGUGUGGUUGUAUAAAUAUUCAAGCAUUUUUUGUGCACUAUGAAAAGUUUCUUUAACUAAAGCUUUGUCUAUGCAAGCAGCUGCACCAAUGCCAAAUACAGCUAUAGGUUAGUGUAAAUGUGAACAUUUUCAGGCAUUGUAUGAGCUGAAAUUGACAUCUUUUAAAACAUGUAAAUUCUUUGGAAUUCUUUGUAGGACAAUGGUAGCAUCUACUGAUUUUUUUUACAGGUAUUUGCACCAUAUGAACUGAAAUUCUGGAAUAACUUAAUCCAGAAUGUGCAUGCCUUGAUAAUUGUACAUUUGAAACAAUUUUUAUUUUACUGCUUUGUUAUAUUUAUCCUGACUGCACUCAUUCAGUUACAGUUAAGUGAGGGCAAUUAUUUGCAACCUGCAGGGGCAACACAAGGAAGAACAUAUUGUUUCCAAAGUUAUAUGGUCUGGUGUCCAUACCAUGCAUUUGUUGUUUUAUACUUGGAGCCAUUGUAACCAACAUGUCAGUCCCUGAUGGCUACGUAGGGGUGGGCUAGUCAUACAAGAACACAAUAAAGAUGGUAAUUGCCACAUAACUGUAGAUUUUAUUCACAGUCUUACUCGGUGAGUGGCCUGCUGUCUCUCCACUCUCACUUUCAAAAUCAAAAAGCCCCUCUCAACUCUCAAGCUACACUACUUAUUCUCUCCCAGUCGAACGUUCCACAACCAUCCACCCUCUUUUUCCAUAGUCUUGUCCCGACCUUUCCCAGCUCCCCCGUGGCGCCUGUGGACACACCAACCCUGCCCUGUCUGGUCAUUGUCUCCCCAAAUGGCUCAGUCAACUGUGUAAUUUCUGGUGUAACAAUUGGCCCAGUUGCCAGUAGCCGUAGGUGGGCAGCUCAAGGCUGGCUAUUACUCAUGCAACUGAUGUGAGAAAGGGACAGUCCUGCGAAGCUGUUUGACCUCUACCCUAUACAAAUAAAGAUAAAACUUAGUACACUACUAGAGUGCUACACCAUAAUUAUAAAGCAAUAGCAGAGAUGCCUUAAUAAAGUUUGGGAAUCACAUUAUAACUUUGAGAACCAGACACUUUUCCUUGAAUUCACGAUCCCUGGAAAAGGGACUUACUCUUGUUUCCAGGCCCCAGGAGUUUUGUCAGGAGGAUGGUGGCGGGAUGAUUAAGGUAGUUACAUAUCAUUUUGUUGGCUUUUGCAUUUGUGUUUAAUACAAAGUGAUCACUCUUAAACAUCAAUUUUAAUAUCACUAUUGGAAAUGGUGUGUGCUAUAUGCUGUAUAUGCAGAGUUGAUUGAUCUUCAUUGUAGUAAAGUUAGUACAGUUUCUUUUUUGUAAAUUCUAUCCAUUAAUCCUCCUCUUUGGUUAAAAAAAUUCUUUGCCUGAAAAUGAUUACUGUGGAUGUUUACCACUAGAACUAGAGUAUCAGUGGCUGAAAAUCUUGAACAUUUUUUUUGAAAAGGUACCCCUUCAUCACUUCAGGAGUGAUACUAUAGUGAGAAAAUAAAAUCCUUUGAUAGAAAUAGCUUCAUCUUUUCUGAUUGCACAAUUGUAUGAUCUCCUGAAAAAUGUUUGACGAGGUAGGAUUUAGUGAAUAGUGUGAAGCCAAUUUACUGGUCAUUCCCUGCCAUCCUGCCAAAAGAGUAAGAGGGUUUUUGUGAAUGAUGGAAGCCUGGUUCUCAUGCAUAUAUUGUCUUUUGGCUUUAUAGACUGUAGAGUGCUAUGAUAAUAGAGGGCAAAGUGCAAAUCGGUGAGUCACAAACACAAGCGACUAGUUUUCCUUUAAAGCUGUCCCAUUGCAAUCAAACUAUAAGCGAUAAUUUACAAAUAUUGUUCUAUUAAAGAAAUAACUUCUAGCAAGGUUAUUGCCUCAUUACUACUGUUUUGCUACACAGUAUGUUGUACAAUAUGGCAGACGGUCAUUUUAUAUUUAUCACUGUUUACAAGCAACAGUACUAAGCAUUUUUCUUAUUCCAUUCAGUAAUUGAUGUCAGUGUUGUGAAACAUUUGUUCCAAUAAUGUGAUGUGCAUAUUAUCAAGUACUGCUGCUGGUUAAAGGUUGGAUGCCUGAAAAACUCAAAUGUCUACAUUUUUACUAUACCUUCGCAAAUCGGCUGAUACAUUUGUUGCCAUGUUUGGAAAUUCAGAUUAUGAAUCUUCCCCUCUCUUCCUGGGGUAAUAUAAAAUGAGGUUGGCAUCAGUGGUCACAGUCUUUCAUGCCCCCACCCACACUGUUCCAAGAAAGGUCACACCACAAAUUGUUAACCCAUUCAAGUUAUGAAGAUGUCAGUGAUCUACAAAUGGGCCACUGGUAACAUCUUUUAAUAGGCAACAUAAACAUUAAAAUAAAGAUGCUUUGGGAAAAAUAGUCAGCCACAUUAAACUUUAUUAGAGGGGUAUUUUUUUUCAUUUUCCUCAUUUUAUCAGAGUGCGCACUUUCUUGAUGCAUCAUUAAAAACUUUCUGGUAGUCAAUUAAGUGUUCUUUGCAGUUUUUGUACAUUUGCUUGUGAAGUCUUGCUAGGACUAUGGGUUGUGUUUCUAUUGUUUUUUUCUUUUUUCUAAGUCUCAGAUGACUGAAUCCACUUGCAAAUGAUACAAAUCCAAUGCAUUUUCCUGUGUGAGAUGUCAGUUGCUAAUGAUGUGUUAAUAAUCCCAACAUUUGUCUUUUUGUGUAAUGCAUAAGGUGAAGGCUAUAGAAUAUGUGAUACUUUUAAACAUUAAGUAGAAAUCAUCUGGUGGAAAUUUAAAAUAAAGUUUCAAGUAUUC